CGACUGCACGCGAGACCUGUCAAGUUGUCUGACUUUGAAAACAUCUACAGCUUCUUACGACCCACGGCCGAAGCGGCCAACUUUCCCUGGGAUUUCUGCGGCACCCGGACAGAAGCCGUAUUCCAUGUGACCAUAACGAGGGCCCACUGCCCAGAAUUGCCCAUCAUGAAUAAGGACGGUUGCUACACAUAUAUCCACAUGCAGCGCCCACGCGACGCAGACCUGUUUGAGGACUUCUGCAAGGACAAGCUGCCCGACGACGAGAUCUACGUCGCGGCGCAGCACCAGCCCAUCAACCCGGAGGACGAGGACGACGUGGUGCCCGACCAGCACGCGGCGUUUGGCAUCCAGAAGGCCACGCAGCGCAGCAAGGAGUCCGCGUGGAAGGAUCUCGGGCUCGGCGAGCUCAUGAGCAGAGGUCCGCCUGCUGGCGGGAGCGGCGCCGGGGCAGGUACCAGGAGUGGUGCAGGAGGCACGGGCUUUGGUGUUGGAGGGAAGAAGACUGGCCGCAGCGGCUUGCCGAGGUAAGGGGUCGGGCGUCUCUCGACUUCUCGAGUCAGGCUCUUAAGGCGAUGUGUCGAAGAACCUAGGAUGGGGGAUUGCGGUUAUAUCAGGGGUCCUCAAGGCGGCAGCACUUUUAUGCUUGCCACCUCGACCUGCGAGGGAAAAUGACCUUUGUGCAGGAAAUUUUACGCACACAGGCGAUAGAAACGGUCGAGCUCGACGAGUGUUAUGUGGAAUCACGAAGAGAAUAUCACCAAACGAAUGAAACUGGUUGUCAUUAGCGUUUUGAGGCACGACCCAUCGUUCGACAACC